UCGAAUGGCGUUGGAUUCAAAAAGUUGUGAAUGCUAGACAAAAGUGUUGAAAUUAUCAUAUUCAUUGGUUAAUUUUUACAAAAUAGUGAUUUAUAAUUUACAAACAAAUCUAGAUAAUCUUCUUUACGACAUAUAUAAACUUUUUAUGACAUCUCCAGGAAUCUUCAUUACAAACUUUUAGCAAUGCCCCGAAAAUCUGCAAGUUCAGCAGUUCAGAGAGGGGGAACGACUGAUAUUGAAAACACAUCACGUCGGUCUACAAGAUCUAGUUCACGUCAUGAUUCCUCAGGAUCAAUUACUAGCCGCACUCGACGCAGUUCAACUACAGCUCAGACAGCAGCAUCUCUAGCAGAGUCAAGAGUUACAAGAAGUAGAAAUGUUAGUAAUAGAAAUAGAAGUUCCUCUCCAUCUGAAAGUACUCGCACAAGGCAAACUCGAGAGGCAACUCUUGAAUCUCCUGCAUCACGUGUAAAAACAACACGAAGAAGUACAGGGCGUGUUAAUUAUCAGGAGAGUGAAGGAGAAGAAGAUAUGACUUCAACUACAGAGAAAAAUGAAGAAGAAGAAUAUCAUGUAGAAGAUGAUUUAGAAGAAUCUGAUUCUGAAGAAUCAAACAAAAGCAGAACUAGGAGCAGAACUACUACUAAGUCGCCACCUAAAGUCAGAGGUAGAGGAAGAGGUCGACCUCCUAAAGCAGUUAAAGGAAAAUCAAGAUUUACUUCAGCUGAAGAUAAUUUUGAUGAUGACGAUGAUGAUGAUGAAGAAGAGGAAGAAGAAAGUGAUGAAAAAACUAUGGAAGAAUCUGAUACAAUUGAUGAGGUAAUUACAAGAAGAAGUAGAUCAGAAAAUGAUUCAGAGUCUACACGGAAAACAAGGGGAACUAAAAGAAAAAUUCAGUCAGAUUUAUUGCCAGUGAGAUCAACAAGAAGUGGAAAGACCCCAAAAGAAUCUACAGAAACUGAUAAAAUACAUUUAUCUUCAUCAACUAGACAAACUCGACAUAAAAAAAUAUCUUCUGAAACUGCAAAUGUGCCACUUGAAGAUGUAGAUAUGAAGAAGGAAAAUAAAACUAGUGACAAUGCAGAAGAUACAGUAAGUACAGAAGAUAAAAAAAAGCGUAAAUUGGAUGUUAAGAAAGAAGCUAAGAAACGUAUUAAAACAGAUGAUUCAAAUUUAGAAAAUGAAAAAGAUGAAAAUCAGGAAAAACUUGAAAAAUCAGAAUCUCUUCAAGAAAGUGCAAAAUCACAACAGAGUGAUAUGGAGUUGGAAGAAAAGCCUAAAGAAAUUUUAUCAGAAACAUGCAAAACUCAAGUAAACAAUUUAAUAUCAGUUGAUAAAACAAGUUCUGAUGAACUGUCCAAUAAAAUUAAUACUACAGAAAGUAUGAAAAGUGAAAUUUCCAAUUCUUCUGCAUCAAAAGGAAAUUCAUCCAUUGAUUUAUCAGAAAAGAUUUGUAAAGAUGAUUCACAAACUAAUGACUUAAUGGAAGUAGAUAAUGAUAAUCAAACUAUUGGAGAAAAAAGUUCAGAAAAUCUUUCAAUAGAUACUAAAAAUUCCUACAAAGAAAGUAAGAAUUCUGAAAAUGAUGUAAUUAAAGAAAAACCUAUUGAUUCAAAAGAGAGAGAUUAUUGUACAACCAAAUUAACAAGUGAAAAAGAAACUAAAUCAGUAAUAUAUGAUACAGGUAAUUCUCAUAAUAAUAUUACUCAAGCUAGCAAAGAAUAUGAAAAUAAUUCGCAGUCAAAUUCAAAAAUUUCUACAGAAUGCACAAAUUUAGUCAGUACUAAUGUUGAUGACACUAAAAAGAUACAGCCUGAAAAUGAGAAAUUACAAGACAAACUCUCUGUUGUAGCAGAAUGUACUACAAAAUCAGAUACAUUGCUUUUAGAGAAAUCUGAUACCCAAGAUUCUUCAAAAGAAGUUGAAGGGCCAUCUAAACCUUUGGAAAUCAAUUUAAAAGACACUGAAAACAAUGCUACAUCAAAUCAGAAAGAAUAUAGUUCAUCUUGCAGUAUUGUGCAGCCAAGUAAAAUUUCUUUUCCAGAAAAAAAUGCCACAAAUCUUAGUUUAACAGAAAUGUUACCUGUUAAUGGUGCAAAUAUUUCUACAGAAAAAUCUAGAAAUAAUAAUGAAAGUGAUGAUAUACUUGAUAUGUCAAAAACAAGUGAUAAUAGUGCCUCAGAAACUGAAAAUGUAGCAGUAGAAUCAUUUUCUCAAGCACCAUCAAAUACUGAAUGUUUAAUAAAACCUAAUGGUGCUCCCAACAAUUUGAUGCAAUCCAGUGAUAGUAGUUUUGAUUUGCCCAAUCGCAAAUAUGUUUAUAAUUCUAGUCUGAGUGAAGAUUCAAAAACCUGUCUUCAAGAUAAAACAUUUAGCCUUAUUUCAUAUAACUUGAGUGCCAUACCAAAUGAAUCUUUUCCUCAAAAUGAAAAAUUACUUACAGAACUUAAAAGAACAAAUUCAGAUUUCAUUUGUUUGCAAGAAAUUCCAAAAAAAUACUAUGACAUCCUUGAAUCUGACCUUAAUAGUCUUGGAUAUAAAGGGUUAGUUUCAAUUCCAGAAAAUAAAACAAGGGGACUAGGGACUUUUUAUAAAACAAGUUCAUUUAAUUUAAAAAGACAAGCAGGUGUAUCCUUACAAAAAAUUAUUGAUCAGGAUCUUGAAACUUCAUCAUUAGAAAAUGCAGAUAAAAUAGCUAUACGUACUUUUCUUCAGAAAUGUGGUUAUGUUUUAAUGAUGCAGUUCUGUACUGUUGGAAAUGAUCACACAUUAACUAUUGCCAAUGUAUUCUUUCCGCCAUCUGAUAUCAGUACACAUGCUCUACAGAUGUCUAGUUUAGUAAGAGAAGUAGUGAAUUUUGCUGCUGACAUUGCUAGACCUCAUAUCCUGUGUGGUUCAUUUAAUAUGAAAGAAGGUGGUGUGGCUUAUCAGCUAUUACGUGAAGGUUACUUGAAUAAUGAAAUGAUUGAAGAGUUGCAAAAGAGAAAAGAUGUUGCUUUACCUGGAAAAGAUAACGACACACUAGUAAAUUUACUUUGGAAAGCUUUUCAACACCCGUCCUCAAACUUGCGCAGUUGUUAUGCUACAGUUUUAGGUCACGAGUUACAUUUGGAUGGAGAAAAUUCUAUUACCUCUCCAGAUUUGUUAUGGUAUAGUUCAGAUAGUUUGGAAACCAUUGGCAUCUUGGAUUUUGUUCCUGUUGAUAAGAACAAUAUUGAUCCAGUUGCAUUAAAGGCAGAUAUUGCAUAUAUUUGCUGAAUGUUAAAUAUUGCAUAUUAUAAAGAUAGUGACAUAGCUAACACAUUAUACCUAUCUGUUUAUUUUCCUCCAAUGUAAAGCCGUCAUUAUCCUUUAUAUGCAUCAAGUUAUAAAUCAUAUCACUCUGUCAUGCAUCUUACAGGUCAAAAUCAUAUUAAAUUGUUAAUGGCAGCAACUGCCAACUAAAGAUUGGAUAUAAAACAUUUGAAUGCUGACCUCAUGUUCAUCCCAUAGUAUAAUAAAAAAAAAAACUAAAAUAAAAAUUUCUAAAUUAAGUGACAAAUGGAGGAUGGUGUCUGACACCCAUCACACUAAAUGGUUGUGUCAUUUGCAUUUUGAUUAUAUUAUUUUAGAACAGAAAUGUCUUUGCCAUUUUAACUCUAUCUGUUUAGCUUGUAGGGGAAAUUGAAAUCCAUUGAAACCUUUUAACAUUUCUGUGCAUAUGAUAAAUAAAUAAAUAUAUAUAUAUUUACUAAUUAACAAAUCUUUUAUUAGAAUUUAAGGAGAAAAAUAUAUAAAUUAAUGGGUUUCAUUCCAUCUUCAGAAUUUUAACCUACCUACAUUUUUAAAAAAAUUGAUGAUAUUACAGAAUCAGUUUAUUUCUUAUGAACGUACUCAUUCAUAUAUAUAUUCAUAAACAUAUAUCUUCAUUGCAACUGCAAUCUUUUAAAUUAGGAGGCAAAAAAAUAUGACUUCGAUACCAAUAUUUGAAAUUAAAUUUGUUAAAAAAAAUGAUAAUUCUUGUACUAUUAUAAGUCUGUAGAGAGUUCUGAAACAUAGUUGUGGUAUAGUUAAAUGUUACUCACAUCUUUGUUAACUUUUUGCAUUUGUUGUUAAAUAUGUUGUAGCUUUCUAUUUGUUUUAAUUAUUAUUAUUUUUUUGUAAUGGGGAUAAUUUGAAAUAAUCUGAGUGAUAUAUUUUGUCAUAUCAUCAAAUGUGACUAUAAGUCAGUUUGCCAUUAUAAGAGAUGAUCAAAGCAUUUUAAAAUUGAUCACUUUGUUAUUAAUCAAAGUUUAUGAAAGUACCUUACUCUGUUCUUCUUUUCUUCACGUACACACAAAUCAGAUUAUUGGAUGAAUAUUAUCAAUAAUGAUCAAAGUUUCUGAAGUGAUAUAAAUAUUGAUGUAAGUUUAAAUGAAAAAAAUUUAUAUAUUAUAUAUAUAUANAUAUAUAUAUAUAUAUUUGAAUUAUUUUGAGACAGUUCUUAGCAAAAUUACUGACGCACAAAUAUCUUUGCAUUUUCUAGAAUGCUAUGUAAAAUUAAUAUCAUUCCUACUGAAUAGAGUUGAUAUAAUAAUAUAUUGAAAAUGUACACAAUCUAUUAAACCAGACUAGUUGCUCUGUGAAUUGCAUUUUAAAAUUCUGAUUAUUUUAAAUACCCAUUCUUUUCUAUUAAAAGUGCAAUUGAGAUACCUGCCUUUUAGAGGGGGAAAAAUAGUUGUUUUAUACUCAUAAUUUGCUAUUUAAAAACUAAAUUGUCUAAAAUAAAAAGAUUGUUCAUAAAAAUGAACAAUUUACAAAUUUUUCAAAUUUAUUUUUCAUAUAGUUUCACAAAGUAAAUAUUUUAAUUAUCAAAAGAUACCUGAAAGGUUUUUCUUAAACGAUUUAAUUUCACAUGUGAAGCUUCUGUAAUAAAUAUGUUAUGUGCAAUUUACUUUGCUUUGUUUAAAGUCUCUACAUGGCAUACUUUUCCUGCCUAUUGUUAUGCAAAAAUUUAGCCAGGAAUGUUACAAAACUAAAUACAUUGUCCAUUAUAAAUGAUUUUCAAUAACAUCAGUAUAAGCAUUCAAAAUGUCAGUAAACUAUAAUAUCAAAAAGAAAAAAAAAGAAUAAAAAUUGUGAUUGUACAUUUUUAGAUAUAAAAAGAAUAAUAAUCUCAAUGUUUGUUUUCAAGCAGAGAUUCUAUGUUUUAUAAAAAAAAAAUAAAAAAGAAAUGAAACCAUUUUAAUUUCUCCUAAUGUUUAUAGUUGUCCCAGACAACAAUGAUAAUUGUGUUGUGGCAGCAAAAAUAAAAAAAUUUUUAUUAGAAAUAGUAAUUACUAUCCAUGCUUCUCAUAGGCCUUAAUUAAAUUAAAAGAAAAAGAGAGAGAGAGAAGUAAGUCACAGCAGCAUGUUUUGCAAUGUUGAAAGAACACAUCUUUUUAUGUAUUUGCCAUUGUACUGCUUAUGCCAAGUCUUAAUAUAAUUGUUAUUCAUAAAUGUUAUGUAAGAUACUUUUAAAAACUAUAACUUAGUUUUCAGUAAUUGUGAUGGCCACUUUAAUGGAAGUUUUCUUGAAUUUAAAAAGCAAAAUAUAAAUUUUUGUAGUACAUGUAUUUUUUUUUUUUAUGUAAGUGCAUUUUCUUAUAUUUGAAAUGUAUGGUAACCCAGUUAGUGUUUGUUGUAUGAUACAAUAAAGAUAUUUCUGAUAAGUA